AUGCUGGCAAAACCCACUGCAGUAAGCGACCAGUAUAAUCCCAGAACUGGCAAUCAUGCUAGGAUCGCAUCCUCCCUCACCUCACGAGUCGUACAUGUCGUAGUACAUGACUUUGGAAAAUCGUUCGAUGAUGUAUAUAUAGAUGAACAAAGAAAUAUGAGGCUGGCAGACCUUUUACUUUGA